UUUUUGCUUGUUCUGAUUAAUAAAAAAUAUGUUUAAUACAUGACUUUAAUCACUAGUUGAGUUCGUCCAAACGGCGCUGUGGCCUUGUUUAAUUAUCACGACAAUUUUUAAGGCUCUAUUCUAACAACCUUGGAUCCCAAUUUGAAACCACAAAAUCCCAGCCAUUUAAACUCAUUUUAAUUUAACGAAGCUUUACCGUUGAAGACACAACAAAAGAGCUUUAAAUUGAGACUUGAUAAUGAAAUUCAAAUUCACGACUUAUGCACUCCCUUCUAUCACCAAUUUUAUUUAUCGCGUGGCAUUUGUGUUCUAACGAUGAGUCAAUGUCGAUAGUGUUCAAACAAAGGUGACCCCUUUCUAAACGAAAAGAACAGUUCACUUGUAUGUCCAUCACGGGGGCACUUUUUCUUUGCUUUCUUCCUCCAAAAGACUGGCGUCACCAAGCUGCUUACUCAGCCGGCAGGCUUAUUUCAGUGAUCCACUGGUUUGACGGAACUUAGUUAUCAGUCAAAGACGCCGAGUUAAACAGCAGUGCACGUACCUCGGUGGAUAGAAAAAGGGAUGAACUCAACUCAUACAGCCCAGCUGAAUGCAACUCCAUCACCAUCUCUGGUGAUGAGGAGCGACGUCGAAAUUUACAUUCAAGUGGUUUUUUUGGUCAUAAUUUGCAUCGGCAGCGUGUUGGGAAACGUCUUCGUUGUAGGAAUUGUGAUCUUCGAUCACAAACUCCACAAGCCCACGUACUAUUUCAUCAGCAGUUUGGCUACCGCAGAUUUCCUUGUCGGGGCGAUUUACAUCCCAUUUUACAUCAUGGCAUCGCUCGCUCAGAAGUGGUAUCUUUCCCUCACUUGGUGCAAAUGGAAUGCAACUUUCAUUUCAGUGGGUCUUAACGCCUCUUUGGUUACAUUGUCUUUGGUCAGUGUGGAUCGCUAUCUCGCCAUAACCGAUCCGUUACGGUACCAGACUAUUCUGACCACGAUGCGCUCGGCCGUGCUGCUACUGGUGGGCUGGGUCCAUUCCAUUUUCUGGGCAUUUGCACCGCAGUUGGAUUGGGGCGAGAUUGUUUAUCAGCCCAAGACUUCAACUUGCCGUCCAAACUGGGGCGCAAAGGGACUGGCGAACAGGGUGUAUACUCUCGGUCUGGCAUUGUUGCCAUUUGGUGCUCCAGUGAUCUGUAUGAUGUACUGUUACUGCAGAAUCUUCUUUGUUGCUCGGUACCACGUGAGAGAGAUUAAAAAGAAUUCGGUGAAUACGCCUGGCUCCGACAAGAUCGGCCAAAGAGCCAUGGAAACCAAGGCUUUGAAAACGUUGCUGAUUGUUUUGGGAGCAUUUAUCGUAUCCUGGCUUCCAUACACGGUAUUGUCGGUGGCCAAGAUGAUUUCCAAAGGAUCUUGGGAAUUCUCGAGCAGUACUCUGAACGCAGUACUAACGGCUACACUCUUAAAUGGCUGCGUGAACCCAGUGAUAUACGCUAUUCGAGACCAGAGGUUUUGCAAAGCAAUGAAACGUGUGUUAUGUCCGCUGUCGUGGAAAGACUCUCAAGAGUUCAACAGCUAUCUGUCCAGUAGGAGAGACACGACGAAAGAUUCGACAGCGCAGAAUAUCGAAAUGGGAAAUAUCAACUUUGCUCAGGAAAGUUGAAAUGAUAGGCGAAUAAGUACAGCCUAUCUAAAGAAAGACACACGAAAAACUCAUGUUAUGAAUCUUUGUCUUUGUUCCGCUUUUAAUUAUCUCUAAGUGAUAGAAACAAAAGCUCAGAAAUUUUGGACAAUCCAGGAUUGCACCGGUUUCCCUUUUCUUCUUAACCUCGUUAGUUGGUAUAAACAGUCGUGCUACCCUCUCGACCAAUAGAGAAGCAAAACUGAAAGGAGUAAUGACUAAGUCACUCUCAUUUCCGACAUUUCCCGCGCUUUAGGCUGCUUGCAUGUAAUCACUACGAGUUCUCUUUGAUCUACGCUUCGCACCUUGGUUUUGGCUCUAGAAUCAAAAGUGUUCCACUUUAACUGUACUUCUCACCAUUAAGAGUACAACUGAGAUGGACUUUAAAGCAUAUAUUUUGACUUUCUUUUAAUUAUAAAAAUAUUAGCCUAGCCAGAUAUAAAUUACCGUCUUCCUGAUUCCAGCAAGAGAAACACACCUCUGUCCAAUUGUUCCACUAAUGCUUGAUUUAUAUAUUAUUAACUUAAGUCAAAAUAACAAUUUUCUCCAAUUAAUUGAAUUUAUUGUUACGUAAACUAUAUUCUUUUAUAUACAUAAGCUCAAUCCGAUAUGCAUUUUGAUUGGUUCAAAAUCAUGAUCUAUUGGAGAACAGACCCACAGAUGACAUCACCAUUAACAACAUUUAACCUUUCGAUCAUAUAUGGCAAAUAGGCUCCAUGUUGCCGUAGGUCUGUUCAGUAAUAGACCACAAGAAACUCGGCUGCCCCUCGUGAACCACUGUUUCGUUCUUGUGACAUGUUGCGUGACAUGUUGCGUGACAUGCCCUAAUUUGUCAAACCCGUAAUUAGAGAUUCCCGGAUGUUGGAAAGUGUUUUCUUUCCGCCAUUAAAGACGGCUUGUUAUUUACCACAAGGUCUCUCCUUUUUUGUCUGUUAAGUGCUCUCAAGCAUAUUGAUACAGUUCUAAGCACAUUUAGAUGCAAUCUGGGAUCUAAUUCUCAACAGACGCACGGCAACAUGAAUUUGUUUUUAAAAAAUUAAGUAGCUCCAGAAAUCUAAGAGUUUUUAACCUAUUGUAGCAUUCAACAUUUGAUUUUUGGUUAACUUACCUCCGUAAAGUAUAUCACACAUGAAAAUGCCAGUAUUUCAAAUACAAUGUGGACCUGACGCACAUUUCGACAUGUGUUAAAAACACUAAAAGAAGUGACACUGAAUGAAACAAGAAUUGCUGACAUAAAUAACCUUUGAAAAUUUGAAAACGAAAUAACUAUACGUGCAUUCUGAAAAACGCAGAAUAAUGAGCGUCACCCCUUAAAAUUUUCGAGGAGGAUUCUUGAACACAACACUAACGUCCAGGCCCCGGUUGUUCGAAGGGCGGAUAGCGCUAUACACUGGAUAAAUCUCUAUCCGGUGGAUAGCGCUAUACA